CUUCCCUGAGCUCGUACCCUUGGCAUAGGUAGAGUGGGCACGGCGCUUCUCACAGCUACCUGUCACGUUUCAUGGCGCGUUGAAAGCGGGAGGUGGGAGAAAUUCUUGAAAGACACCCAAUUGUUCCAUAUAACAAUCCCCUCAUAACAUCAUCUGAAAGAAAACAUGGAAGAAACCCCAUUAGCCAAGUUUCAAUUUGAGCCGGAUUUGAUUGAUAUUUUAUGGAGGCAGGAUGUUGACUUGGGGGUGGAGCGAGAGAUCUUUGAUGGAUGUCUUCAGCAGCGGGAGGAGGAUGCCAGGAGAGCAAGGGAGAGAGAACAGAAGAGAGAGAGAGAGCUAGAACGGACUAUGCAGAGGUUACAGAAACUAGACAAGGAGACUGGAGAGUUUUUGCCAAGCCCUUCACCAGUGAACUCCCAGGCUGUGGCCUUCUUAGCAGCGGUGCCAUCUACAGUGUCUACUCAGCAUACACCCGUUACGCAGAAUCCUCUGCUGUCUACCCUGCUGUUCUCAAAGUCUCAGAAGCCCGCUUCUGAGGAGCAGACCUUCAGUGAACUACUUUCACUGCCAGACCUACAGUAUUAUUUGGAUCUCUUGGAGUCUGAGAGCCCAAGCUUGCCCUUAGAGGAUAUCACCGAAAUCUGCAGCCACAACAUGUCCGAGCCACAGAGGAAGAACUCAACAGAUGAGAUUCCGACAAUUUCCGACUCUUUUGAGGUUGCUCAACCUUUGUCAUGCACACCCUCUGAUCCAAUAGACAUCCUGGAAACAUGCAUACAAACGUUCUCACAUACAGGCAAUCCUACAGAUUCAGCCUUGAACACAAUCUUCAGCUCUAGUCCCCCUGAGAAUCUUAAUCAAAUGAGUUUAACUAAAUGCCAGCCAAAAUUAAUCCAGUCAACCCCCAGUGAGUUUAGCCCUGCGCUUACUAGUACAUACACCCUCAAUACCAGCACACUCAGUCAACCUGAACAGUCAAACAGUGCACCAUCGAUUUUACAAUUUGCUGAUAGCCCCGUCCUGCUAGGUUUUGAUGACUCUUCUUCUGUUGGCUCAGUGGAUCUAGAGACAUCCCUCUGUGCUGCUGACUCAAUUAAUGGCCAUUCAGAUAAGGAGGAGAUGGAGAGCAGCCAAUCAGAUUACACCGAUCUGCUUCCUUUAUCGCUGCUCUCAGAGGCUGUAGAGGCAACAAUAUACGAUGCGCAACACAGUUCUAAACAUCAUAUGCAAAAUGAAUCAGCACAUGAAUAUUUUCAAAAUGUAACAAAAAACAUCACAAACGGACAACCUCAGUCAAACCUCACAACGGCAAGUGGAGGUAUCUGGCGUGCAUGCCGCGAUGAACAGCGCGCUCUAGCGCUGGGUUUGCCGCUCAGUGUGCAUGACAUCAUCAACCUGCCCGUGGAUGCUUUUAACAAAACCAUCAACUCCAGUAAAUUCAGCCACACCCAACUUACCCUUAUCAGAGAUAUUCGAAGACGUGGCAAAAACAAGAUGGCUGCCCAGAGCUGUCGCAAACGCAAGUUGAAUAGUCUUGUUGAUCUCGAGGAAGAGAUUGAGGGUUUGAAGAAGGAGAAGGAUCUAAGGAAAGAAGAAAAAGAGAGGAAUGCUAGAGAUCUUCGUGAGAUGAAAGAGAAACUCAGGAAACUCUACAAUGAGGUGUUCAGACAGCUGAGAAAUGAACAUGGAAACUCGUACAACCCUAAAGAGUACACACUACAGCAUAGUACUGAUGGGACAGUUUACCUACUGCCUCGUAACACAGCCAACAAGAAAAAUACAAUGACACAGGAUUUAAAUAUUGCUGUGUAACACACCUACCUACAGUAAAGCUCUCUUAGGAAGACUUGUUUUUGUAAAACCAUGUGUCCCUAUGUCUUUGGAAGGGUUUUGUUCAUCAAACUCAUUAAAAUGCAUUUGUGCGUUAAAGUUAGUUUUCAGUUCCGCAAAUUGCAUUUGUAAUCUGCUUCAAAAAUGUAAAUAAAUGCACUUUUGCUUUUAUGAUAACUUUUGAGACCAUUUUUGUGAUGUUAUUUGGUCUGAUCUGUUAGCACACAUGGAUAGUGUUUGUAAUGCUGAAUUUGCUGGAGUAAGACCACAUUUGUAUAAGCGCCCCGGCGUACCUGUCCAUAAUUCUAGAAACUCUCCAAUAAGAAAAUCCUGUUAACCUCAAACAUAUUCAUGGGGAAAAUCAUGUAACUCCAUUCAUAUUUUUAACCAUGUACGUUUAUGAUCUAUGCUUCUAAAGUUGUGGACUAAAACACCACUCAAACGAUUAGACCAUGCCUUCUCAUAAAGAGAAAUUAUGCAAGUAACUAAACACUGCUGAUGUAAAGCUGUAAAAUACAACAGCUAAUAUUGAUUCUGGAAGUCUGGAAAAGAAACAUUUUAACCUGAAAGACACACAAAAAAAAACUCCUCUUCUUAACAAGAAUAAUUCACACCAUCUUUUUCUGCCACCUUAGACAAAACAUACAUAUCAGUUAAAAUGUGUUUCAUGACCCUUUAAGUGCCUUUUUUUUCAUAUACAUUUUUAUAUUUUGAUUGUGUCCUUAAAUGCAUUUAAGCAACAUUAUGUCGAAGUGGUAUAGAUUAUCCUACUCAAAUGCAUGUGACAUCAAAUAAGCAAGAGUUAGGUCAGAGGUUAUCCAAAAGUAAUCGUAUUAGAUUACCUAAAGUUAUAAUUCAAGAUAUUAUGUUACUGAUUGCAAUUUUAGACAUGUAGUUUGUAAUCAGUACUGGAUUACAAUUCAGAAGUAAUCUACCCAGCACUGACACACAAACGCUAUACACUGAAAAAUGUGGUAACCUGCAAUUUGUUUCAUUGGUUUAACAUGAGGCGGACAAAAUGUGGCAUUUCAAUUUUAGUUUCCAAGAGUUUCGUAAUAGGCAGAGAUUGUUUAUUAACAGUGUGAAAAAGCUGAAGUUCUGCAUAAACUGAGUACCCAUACCAUAUUUCUAGCUGGAAUACACCAGCUCUCUGAGGGCUGACUUUGUCAUUUCAAACAGGUCUGGCCAUUCUCUGUUGACCUCUCUCAUCAACAAGGCAUUUCCAUCUGCAGAACUGCCCCUCACUGGAUGUUUUUUGUUUUUGGCACCAUUCAGAGUAAAUUCUAGAGAAUGUUGUGCAUGAAAAUCCCAGGAGAUCAGCAGUUACAGAAAUACUCAAACCAGCACAUCUGGCACCAACAAUCAUGCCACGGUCCAAAUCACUGAGAUCAAAUUUUUUGCCCAUUCUGAUGGUUAUUGUGAACAUUAACUGAAGCUCCUGACCCGUAUCUGCAUGAUUUUAUGCACUGCAAUGUUGCCACACGAUUGGCUGAUGUUGACGCAUGGAUGAUUGUUGAUGCCAGACAGGUUGGCUUGAGUAUUUCUGUAACUGCUGA